UUUAGUGCAUCAAAUGACCAGGAAUUAUCCAUAUCUUUCUGUACCUCCGAUUGUAUCGACAGAUGCACACCAUGGGUUGAUGACCAGCAGUUUGACAAUAGACCAGUAGAACUUAUGCAUGCAAUCUUCUUAUUGUAGUGGCCGUUGUCUCCCAGACUGGUAAAAUAGUGCAACGAAGGUUUUCUGAUGAGUAGCCAUGGACGAGGAGGACAGCCAGGACGAGCUGAUCAACCGAAACGCUUCCCAUGGCAAGGGCAAGCGACCGGCAACUUCCAUUAUUUCUGACGAGAACAUUUCUGAUGAGGGGGAAGAAUCGGAGGAAGAAGAGACUGACAGUGAAGGGAGUGAUGAAGAUGAGGAAGAUAACCUUGAUGGAGAAGUAGAUGAGGAGGAUGAGGAUGACAGUGAUGUCGAGGAGGUUGGAGGAAAGGAGCUCGAGGGGGCAGUUGGGGGAACUGCUGUGGAUUUGGCUGACCUCAGCUCAGACGAGGACUCGGAGAAAUGCCCCAUCUGCCUCAACUCCUUCCACGAGCAGCCUGUGGCCACACCUGAGAGCUGCGCCCACUACUUCUGUCUGGACUGCAUUCUGGAGUGGUCUAAGAAUGCAAAUUCCUGCCCUGUAGACAGGAUAGUCUUCAAGACCAUCUGUCUAAGGAAAUGUUUUGGAGGAAAAGUCCAGAAAGUUAUCACUGUCCAGAAGCCUCUAAAGGCUGGUCAGGAGGAGCAGGUGGAUCUUGACCUGGAGCAGACCAGCUGUGAGGUGUGUGGUGGCAGCGACCGUGAGGACCGACUGCUGCUGUGCGAUGGCUGUGAUGCUGGGUACCAUAUGGAGUGCCUGACCCCUCCCCUGGACACUGUGCCUGUGGAAGAAUGGUUCUGCCCAGAGUGUGCUGCCAACAACCGCCGCAACUCAAGAACUGCUCCCGACAGCGAGGAGGAGUCUCUGUCUAUCGCCCGACCAACCACAAGCCAGUUUCAUCCGCCCGCCGCCGCGCGGCCAACGCGGGCCAUCGCCCGCACGCAGCAGAGCGAGCGGGUCCGGGCCAGCGUGAACCGCCACCGCAUCACCCAGGCACGCACCGCAGCCUCUGCACGCGCCGCAGGCAACGGACAGUUUACACCCAGGUACCGGAUUCAGACCACCUGGCUGGAUGAGACCAUCAACGCCGUUGUGGCUGGUCUGAGCACAGCUGUGUACGUGCGUGACCUCACCCCACGGCCCGCCCGUCGCAGGAGGAGGAGGACCGUGAGGCGCAAGAGCACCAAAAGUGGCAAGUCAUGUGAUGGCGAUGGCAAAAAAGGCAAAGCUGCAGGAACCAGGGUGAAGAGGAGAAAACGACGGGUUAGGAGGACCAAGUCCAGAAGAAAGCUGGUGGCCAAAAAGCAGCCCACGUCGCGUGGACGCAUCGCCCGUAAUCUGGGAAUUAAGAAGACCAAGAACGGUUCCUCCCUCCCCUCCGUCUACCGUCCCUCAGAGACCACGCUGGGCAGCAUGCGGGCCGACAUUGGGGCCGCCUCUCUGUCCAUCUACGGGGACCCUUACGAUCUGGACGACUUUGAUCAAGUUGAGGAGGAGGAGCCUGCCCCGUCCCUGAUGGAGCUGAAGCGUCGUGGCCUGUCCCGCUCCGCCAUGCGCUCCCACCAACCUGUGGCCAGACCUGUGGCUGCAGGCGUCUCUAGGCGUGGCCUGAGUAUCCCACAGGGGGAGGAGGUUGCCGAGGCAGCCCCCGUCCCUGACCUUCUGGGUAGCAUCCUCUCCAGCCAGAGCAUGCUGAUGAUGGACAGCUCUGACGUGGUCAUCAACAGAGACGGCACCCUCAAAGCUAUCAAAGCCGUGAGUGUUGAAUCACCAAAAUCCACACCUACUUGGAGCGGCGGCAGUGCGAGUGAAAGUGGUCCGAGUCACUUCCUGCCCAACGGGGAGGCCGAUCUGUUGCCGCUCCCUCACAGUAGCACCUCUCCACCUCAAAGCUCUGCCGCAGGCCCCAUCCUCCCUCCUCUCACUCCUGCCACCUUGCCCGGUCUCUGGUCUCCUUCCGCUCCGCACUCCGGCCUACACCCGCCCGGCCUCAUCCCCAGACCCGGCUCCUCUCAGGGCUCAGUCGCAUUCCCUGGCCCCAGCCACUCUGGCCCCGGCAGCGACACAAGAAACGGCCACGCUCACACUCACCCUCGGUCGUCCAGCAGGGACAGGGUGGACAGACGCAGGGAGGACGGCCCCCCAGCGUCCAAAAAGGCCCCUCCCAAACCUGUGUGGGUGGAUGUGUCUGUGUUACCGCGGAUACCAAAAAUCAGGCGAGACGGCAGCGGUGGCAGCGGCCAGGCCGAGAGCAGUAGCAGUAGCACCAGCAGCCGGCACAGGCGCAGCAGCGGCGGCAGCAGUAGCAGCAGCAGUAAUGGCUUCCCAGACGCCUUCCACAGCCUCACAGGAAACCAGGUGCGGCAGCAGACCGCCGAUCAGCAGGGAGCGAGCUCGGGCCAGCAGGGUAGAACCACCGAGACCUCCAAGCAGAGGCCAGGGCAGGUGGGGGCAUCGUCAUCAUCAUCAUCGUCGUCAUCGUCGUCUUUCACCAGCGUGAACUCCUCGUCUGCCAUGUCUUCUUCUACCUCCUCUUUUUCUUCUCCGAGCUCUUCGGGAGCAUCUUCGUCGUCCUCAGUGAGCUUUCGCAUCAAUGCCAGUGGGAGUUCAUGGCAGUCCCGAAGGUUAUCUAACCCCUUAGAUCCAACGCAAACGGGGGCACCGAAGAAACAACAGGGUAAACCCAUAAUACUCUUCUCAAAACCCAACAGCAAAGAUGCUUCAGCCAAGCCGGAUGUGUACGACCCUUCGAACCCCACAAACUCUGCCUCGGACUCUGACUCAGACAGUGAAAGACCCGGAUUUUGGCUGAAGAAGCCUAAGUUAUUACGGAAAGAGACAGCUACGGAGGAAGUGGCUCCAGUGAAAAAGGAGCCCAUGGAAGAAGUUUCGGUGAAGGUCGAGGAUCACAUAGACACUGCUGUUCAGAUGAAGAUAGAGCCUGAGUUAGAAGAUGAUGAUGAAGAUUAUGAAGACAUGUUUGCAAACAUAUCCGAAAUGCCAGAACACCCUGAACAACUCUGUGAAAUUCCUCAGGUGAUCAACUGCAGUAACACUCCUGACAACAAUCGGGUGAAAGAGGAAGCCCACCAGCAACCCUCUGUCCCCAGCUCCUCUUCCAGCAGCACCUCUAACUCCAGCUCCAGCUCCAGUUCGAACCCCUCACCCAGCCACACCAACGCCAGUGACCAGAAGGUCAAGACGGAGGUCAAAUCAGAGCCCGAUGAUGGUGCACACCCCGCCAGGUCAAAGUCUCCCUCUAGGAGCCAUGGCCCAGCGCAGGAUCAUCAACUGCCCCCUGCAAACAGCUCUGACAGUGGAAGUGGAAGGAGGGGAGAAGAGGUGCGAAGGAGCGACCAACGGUCCUCGUCCAAGGAGAGGAAGAAGGGGGACAGCCCAGCCCCAAAAGCUUCGGAGCGGAAGAGGAGGCACUCACGCUCUCGGUCAGGCUCCCGUUCGAGGGACAGACGGCGGUCACGUUCGCGAUCUCGAGACAGAAGGCGUUCUCACUCUCGAUCUCGUUCUCGAUCUAGAGAGAAGAGGAGAUCCCGAUCGCGAUCACGUUCAAGGUCGAGAGAUAAGAGGAGGUCGCGAUCGAGAUCUCGAGAGAAAAAACACACAAGUUCCUCAUCACAUUCUCGAUCCAGAGACAAACGACGCUCACGUUCUCGUUCAAAGGACAAAAGGCGAUCUCGAUCACGUUCCCGGUCCAGAGAAAAGAGGCGUUCACGCUCCAAUAGUGCAGAGCGAAGGCGGAGACACCGCCAAGAUAACCGAGAAAGGAAUGAUGGCAGGGUCAACCACAACCAGAGACGUGUCCAAAACCGGAGGCACAGUCGAUCUCGAUCACGCUCAAGGUCCAGAUCCAGGUCCAAGUCUUCUUCCAGGGAAAGAAGGAGGAAGAGGACUCCCUCUCCUUCCUCUUCGAGGUCAAAGGACCGAGCAAGUGAAGUUAGAUCCAAAGACAGAAGGAGACCUCGAUCAAGAUCACGUUCCAGGGAGAGGAAGAAAGGAGAGCCAUUUUCGCAGGGCACUCAUCUGAAAGACCGAGGCCUCCACAAAAAUACAUCAUCAUCUACAUCCUCAUCUUCGUUGUUAUUGUCGUCCUCUUCUUCCAGAGACCAUAAGGACCCUGCUCAGAUCUCGCACAAGAGACUGGCCCCAACUGGUACUGCCAAAGAGGAGAAGGUAGCUAAAGAUGUGAAACAGGAACUUCCUUUAUCGGUCAAGGAGACAGGGACACAGAUUGCUUUCUCAGGGGCUCUCAGGAUUGUCAAAGAAUCGGAAGACCGUAAGGAGCAGGACAGCAAGCCCUGUUUGGCUCUCCUGAAAGAUAUCAAGCAAGAAAAAACUUGGUCCCCUCAUGUGGACGAAUCUGAGCUAGAGGACAUGUGUUCUCCUUAUGCCUUCAAGCAGGAUUUGCUGCACCACAAAGAAAUCAAGGAGGAGAAGAUUCACCCAACCAUGCCACUGGACCUCAAGCCUGGGAAGUCUUCUCUUGAUGACUGCAAAGUUGUCACUGCUUCUGUUCAGGGAGAGUCGAUCAAGAGUGAAGUUCAGUCUGCAAGCGUAGCUAAGUCUUUCAAAGUGGAGAGCAUUUGGCCUGAUGAGGUUCCUCCGCCACCUCCCCCACCUCCACCUCCUCAAGGUACAGACACUCCAGAACACUGUCUGACCCUUCAGAAAGUCUCUCUGCCACCUCCUCUCAACACUUCCUCUGCCAUCAGCCCCUCAAUUCCUCCAGUCCCAGAGGACAAGAUGGAGGUCCAAAUGGACCUUGUGAAAGAGGAAGAGGAGUCAUCAGCCGAUGAAGACUUCAAUGUGGACUACAUGCUCGACAGCCUUUACCUCAAGGAAAUUGGAGAGCGGGCGGGUGCUGAUGGGAGUGGGGCUGGUGCUACUUUGGAGGCCCUCUCGGACAAACAGGAAGGUAAUGUCACUGUCGUCACCCAGGCUGUGGAAAAGCAGGAAGUAGAGGGCUCGGACAAGCAGGAGACAGAGGAUGCUGCGGGAAUGGUGGGUUCCAAGUCAAAACCUCCAGUCAAGAGGGUCACUUGGAACAUACAAGAACCUGAUGGGCCGCAAGGAGAGAAAAUCAGCAAGCUCGCUCUUUAUAAGCAGAAGCAAAAGCUGGAGGGAGCUAGGAAGGCAGCCAACACCAGCCAACAGAUGUCCAGCCAGGAAAUCAUGGGAGCCAGUGCCGUCACCCCCACCUCAGCCUCAGGCUCUCUGGCCCAGGAGGAAGUACCAGGCUCGGGACAGGCGGCAUCUGAUCCUGGAGGGGAGGAAGACGCCUCCCGCAACGACAUGUACAUGAAGAAGCUUCACAUGCAGGAGAGAGCCAUUGAGGAGGUGAAGCUGGCUAUCAAGCCCUUCUACCAGAAGAGAGACAUCACCAAGGAGGAGUACAAGGAUAUCCUGCGGAAAGCCGUGCAGAAGGUGUGCCACAGCAAGAGCGGUGAGAUUAACCCUGUGAAGGUGGCCAACCUGGUGAAGGCCUACGUGGAUAAAUACAAGCACGCCCGCAAGCACAGGAAGCCGGAGGAGGGUGCGGCCAGCGGGAGUGGGCUUGGUGCAGACGAGCCGGAGGACGAGGAGGACUCAUAAGUGGGCUGAGUAAUCCCUCCCCACACGUGAGGACAGGAAGUCUUCUUACUCACACGAUCAAAUUCUAAUGUACUUGUUUGGUUGUUUAAUAGGCUUUUUUUUCUUCUUUUUUUUUAUAUAUCAUUGCUCCCACCACAUAACCCUGUUGGGUGACUUAAGGGCUUUGAGAAACCAUGUCCUCUAUUACAUAAGCUCUCCCACGCCUUUCCCCUUUUCAGUGUGUGUGUGUGUGUGUGUGAGACAGAGAGUGUAUGUGUACGUGUUUGUUCACGUGUUAACACAGGGGUUACAACUGCUUUGUCAGCUGUGUGUGUGUGUGUGUUUGUGUGUGUAAAGGUGCACAAGAAAGCCCGAUUCAUACAAUAAUACAACAAUUCUGUACAAUAAUACCCCACCGUUUGUUUGCUGCAUGUGAUAGCACCACACUUCUCACUUAAUCCAUGCCUGUAUACAUGUAAGGAGAUCCCCUCUAUUACCACAAUCAACUUUCCCCUGAGUCGAUGAGAAAUCACGCAUACCAACUCGUUCUUCUGGUUCCACCUCUUUGGAUCCCUAAGGCGUAAACGCACAUGUGGAGCAGCGAUCGUCUUGGUCAUGGUUUAUUACCAUCAGUGGAUUUAGACUCGUCUGAGCACCUGCUGUGGUUCUUACUCUCCUGGAUAAAUCACCACCAUGACUAGCAGCAACCUUUAGGUUCUAGCUAGGGUUCUCCACAUCCUGGGGUGGCAGGGUGUCCACGUCCAAAGUUUGUCUCUGCAGUGUGAGAGGAGAAAGAGAAGGUGUGUUUAAUGAGACAUAGCAAUAUCUGGAUACGGCGACUCAAAAGGAGAUGUGUGUGCUAACCCAAACUGGCCUUUUUUUUUUUGGAAGCAUCGUCCAUCGUGUGCUGGAUCUCAACAACAGCAGCUUCACUCUGAUACUCAUGACUAUGAUGAAGAACACACAUAAUCUAGCAUAGCUAGGCCAGCAGUGUUCUAACACCCACUAUUACUGUUCAUAUUUUAGUGGACAGCACGUUUUAUAACUUUUUAAGAAGUAGUUGAUUUCUGUUUGUCGUUUCUCUUUGAAUAAUCUACUCUGGAUGUCUCUUCACUGAAUGCAUGUGUUUCUCAGAGAGACUUUACUCAAUUGAGUGAUAACUCAGUCAGAAUGUGCAAUAUUAAUUAUCUUUUACUUAAUUAGCGUAGCUUUGGUCUUGAGAACACUGUAAAUCUAUCCUAAUUGGACAUGGUUGCUUCAGAUCAGGAAGAAGUUAUGUAAAAUUGCCCGUCAUUUACAUAGGAAAUGUCAUGUUAAGUUACAGCUCUGUGAGUUGUAUCCAACCGCCUCCAUUUCUCAGCCUCGUGUAAAAUUCUUCUCACAUGCUUCAGGGAUGUUUCAAGUUGGUAGUUUAUUGAUAAACCUAGGUAUGUUAACUCAAGGUUAGUGUUAAAACCUAAAAGGGAAGCUUAUUGGUUUUGUACAGUUAGGACAAUGAAGCCACAAGACUCUUCUUUUAGGAGGUUUACCCCUUUCUUUGGGUUAACCUACCCAGGUACAUCACUGAAGCACAAACUUGAAAUGCAUCCUAGUUUGAGAGCCUUUUUCGUUGUAAUUUUAAGCUUGCUGAAAGUACUUUCUGACUGAUAUCACCACAUCUGGCAGAGUAGUGUAUUGUGCAGUUGCACUGCAUGAUUAUACAGUCACUAAGUUGAGUGUAAAUAUGAGAGGUGGGGGGUUAGUUAAAGGCCCUUUUAUUUCUCUUUUAGCGGUGUCUGUUUUCUUUAACGUUAUUGUGUGAAGGGAUUGAGGAGUUUGUGUGGUGUGACUUGAAUGUAUUUGUCUUUUUUUUUGUAUCUUUUUUUUUUCCAUGAAAGUUUGCCUUUUAGGGGCAGUUGAAGUAUGGAGAUGAGGGAACACGAUCAUUGUGACAACUGAGUUAGUAACACCGCGGCCCAUUAUGUGUAUUGCCUUAGCAUUUCCCCCCCUGCUUAAUUGGAUUGAGAUAUAGAGGUAAAUUGUUCCUUUCCAUUGAUUGAACAAGUCAAAUGUAUGGAAAAUAAUUGUAUGUAGACUGGGUGUCUCCUGCAGGCGACAUUGUUAGGAGGAAACCAAUGGGGAUUCAGAUUUUGCUAUCCGAGACAUCCAAGGAGUAGUAGCCAGAAUGGACUCCCUCCCACCACCCCUGUUUUCCUCAAAGCCCUGCAUCCUCUGCACCCACAGUGAACAGUGUCUGUACAAACUGCUUGCAACUGGAGGUUUCACCCAAGUGUUUUGUAAAUAUUUCUUCAAUUAUGUAUUUAAUAAAAAAGAC